CAAACGCAAAAGCACUUUUGUUGCUGUCGGUGCUUCUUUCUUUUUCUCUUGUCACCUCUUCCAUAUCAUUUGUCUGUUACACAAACAUGGCAGGCAUCUUCGAGGCUCCGCGGAAUGCGGACACGCUUUUCUUGGGUGGGCAGAAAAUCACCGGUGCCGAUGUACGAGAGCAGAACGUUCUCGCCACGCAGGCGAUCGCAAAUGUCGUCAAGAGCUCCUUUGGCCCCUCCGGCUUGGACAAGAUGAUGGUGGAUGACAUCGGUGAUGUCACGGUGACCAACGACGGUGCGACCAUUCUCAGUCUUCUCGAUAUCGAGCACCCCGCCGGGAAAAUCCUCGUCGACCUGGCUCAACAACAGGAUAAGGAGGUCGGUGAUGGUACCACGUCGGUCGUUCUGAUUGCUGCAGAGCUCCUGCGACGAGGCAACGAAUUGAUGAAGAACCGCAUACAUCCCACCACCAUCAUCAACGGUUACAGACUCGCCCUCAGAGAAGCCGUCAAGUACAUGAACGAGAACAUCACUACGAAGGUUGACGCCCUUGGAAAGGACAGCCUGGUUAGCAUCGCGAAGACUUCCAUGUCCAGCAAGAUCAUCGGCGCAGACGGCGAUUUCUUUGCCAACAUGGUCGUUGACGCCAUGCUGGCGGUCAAGACGACCAACCAGAGAAACGAGGUCAAGUACCCCGUCAAGGCAGUUAACCUUUUGAAGGCACACGGUAAGAGCAGUAAGGAGUCGGUCCUUGUCAACGGCUAUGCCCUCAACUGCACUGUCGCCUCCCAGGCCAUGAAGACUCGGAUAACCGAUGCGAAGAUUGCCUGCUUGGAUAUGAACUUGCAGAAGGAGAGAAUGAAGCUUGGUGUUCAGAUCACAGUCGACGAUCCCGAUCAGCUGGAGAAGAUCCGUGAGAGAGAAGCCGGCAUCGUCCUUGAGCGUGUCGAGAUGAUUCUCAAGUCCGGAGCCAAUGUCGUCCUCACCACCAAGGGUAUUGACGAUAUGGUCCUUAAACUGUUCGUCGAGAGAGGUGCUAUGGCUGUCCGUCGUUGCAAGAAGGAGGAUCUUCGCCGGAUCGCCAAGGCUACCGGUGCCACCUUGGUUAGCACCCUGUCAGACUUGAACGGUGAUGAGAAGUUCGAGGCCUCGAAUUUGGGUUACGCAGAGGAAGUCGUGCAGGAGCGGAUAUCCGAUGACGAGUGCAUCCUUGUCAAGGGCACCAAGGUACACACUUCGGCUUCGAUCAUCCUGCGGGGCCCCAACGAUUUCACCCUGGAUGAGAUGGAGCGUUCGGUGCACGACUCCCUGUGCGCCGUCAAGCGGACUUUGGAGAGCGGUAGCAUUGUCCCCGGUGGUGGUGCCGUCGAGACGGCUCUUCACAUUUAUCUCGAGGAGUUCGCAGUCACAGUUGGCUCUCGCGAGCAACUCGCCAUCGGCGAAUUCGCCCAAUCCCUCCUGAUCGUCCCGAAGACCUUGGCAGUGAACGCCGCCAAGGACUCAUCCGAGCUUGUUGCUCAGCUCCGUGUCCGACAUGCUCUUUCGCAGCGUGUGCAGGACGGUGAUGCCAACGAGGAGGAGAAGGCCAUCGCCAAGAAGAAGACCUACCGCAACUAUGGUCUCGACCUCACCAAGGGUCGUGUCCAUGACACUCUCAAGGCCGGUGUCCUGGAACCCAGCAUGGGCAAGAUCAAGCAGCUGAAGAGUGCCGUCGAAGCUUGCAUUGCCAUCAUGCGUAUUGAUACCAUGAUCAAGUUGGACCCGGAGAGAAAGGAGGACGAUGGUCACGGUCACUAAGAAAAAAACAAGUUUUGGAAGUGAUAGUCAUGCCCCUGCGCCAUUUCCAUCUUUUCCUGUUUCCCGUAUGGGGUUUGAGAUACUUAGGGAGAGGAAAAGUAUAAUCGAGAUAUGAAAUACAUUAGUUGUAC